AUGCGGGAUUCACUUGCAGCUUUAUCCAUCCAAGUGAUCAAUGAGAUUGGAGAUCUUGACUCAUCCAUUCAUCCAUCACCUCAACAAGCACUCAAAGAUCUCGCAACGGUUAUUCAUCAAAUUUAUGCUAAAGCUUUGAACGUUGCAACAACGGUUCUAAACGAAAACGAGUCGGAGUUGGUUCGUUUAAUGAAAUGGGCUGUUUUGCUUUCAAUCCGAAGAGCCGCUGAUCGAGCGAGUCGCGGUGAAUGGUCACAAGAGCUCGAGGAAGUUAUGGUCGAUUUUGAGCUCCCGCAAAGCAAUUCGGCCGGUUACUGCGGCAAAAUGGACCCAAAAUCACCCGAGCUUCCAUCUUGUGUCUCAUCUAUCGAAUUCUCGAAUAUUCCACUCUUCAUUGUCCCAACUCGUGGUCAAAAGCGCAACAACAAGAAUAUGGUGGGAAUUAUCAGCAGUAUUUCGGGGAUCUCUCGUCUAACCGAAUCAGACGAUUAUUCACCCUUUGAGAGCUCAAAUAAUAUUCGUGGUCGUCUUUCGAUAAUGCCACCAAAAAUCGAAUAUGGAAAUAAACCGAUUGAGUUGCCCGUGAUCACAAAACAAGAGAUCGAAAAACUCAUGACAAAGCUGCAAAAAGUCAUGAGGAAAUACAAGAAUUUUGAGGGAUUCGUUCAAUCAUCGAAUCAGUUACCAAAGACCCCAAAUGCUUUGGUUAAAGGAAUCGAGAAAAUGCAGGAGGAAGGCUCAGGUUGGAUGAGUGGAGAAGUUGAGGGAUCCGGAAUUGAAAUCGAAACAAACAAUGAGCCCGGAUGGAAUGCCCAAAUCCAUCUUGAUAUGAUGAAACCGCUCUCUUCGAUAUUUGGUCAAAUGCCAUCAAACAUGAUCGAUUUGAGAAAAAUGCGAAAAGCU